GCCGCCCCGCCCGCCGCUGAAUUUGCUCCGGUCCCUUAAUUGUUUCGCUCUCACCGAGAACUUUGUUUACAGUCCCUUGUGCGGGCGAGCUGCAUCCCCUCUUAUGCUGGCUGCGGGCUGGUGGCCGCCGCAGUCCCGCCCGGCGGCCGGGAGGAAUCUUCCAUGCUAGAAUAUUGUCACCUCCAGUUCAUCAUCCAGCAACAUCUGGCACUUCAAAGACUCGAGCAGCUCCUUGUGCCUUGAAUUUCAUACAAGACAUCUUCAGAACUCUCCCUCUGCUUUCUGAGUCAAGGAUCUGUUACCAUGGGUUUCUCCUGGAUCUGUGCAGCAUGUGCUCAGCAGAGCCUGCUCUAGCCUAAGGACGGGCGAGCCAAGACAACCAAGAUGACAAACGAUCCUAUCAAAGAGAUCCUGGGCACCCCGAAGCACCCUGACUCUGCAGGCACAGAGAAGAGCAACAACAAUGACUGUGUGAUAACCACAGUCCCUCUGGUCAGCGAGUGCCAGCUGACAGCAGCCACGGGGGGAGCUGAGCUCUCCUGCUACCGCUGCACCGUCCCCUUCGGCGUGGUCAUCCUGAUCGCCGGCGUCGUGGUCACUGCCGUGGCCUACAGCUUCAACUCCCAUGGAUCCAUCAUCUCCGUCUUUGGGCUGGUCCUCUUGUCCUCAGGACUCGUCCUGCUGGCUUCCAGCGUUGUGUGCUGGAAGAUCAGGCAGCAGAGGAAGAAGGCAAAGAGGAGGGAGAGCCAGACGGCGCUGGUGGCAAACCAGAGAACCUUGUUUGGCUAAAGGCAGCCCAGAGAAGGCUGGACAGAAGGCAGAACCUUUGUAAGUCAACUUGGAUAUUUAUUGGAGACAUUGCAGAUUUUAAUUUAACUGUGGAAACGAACUGAAGUGAAAAUGGAAUGGAUUAAGAAAUACUUGUAAAACUCUGCAAGUGCUCUCAAUGUAUUUCUUACUGCAGACUUGGUAGUGACUCUUUCCAAGACAGAGGAAAACUCAUUUUUCCUUCACAGAAAACUGUGUCACAUAACUGCAGCCAUCCUAAGUGCAUUCUCCAACAUGCUGAUCGUGUUGGAAAGGGAACUUGUGGGAACUGAGAAAAUAAUUUGAACUGUCUUGAAGUGCAAGAGGUCUCCUUAAAACACUGACAUUUGACCAAGGGAGAAGUCAUAGCAUUUGAAGUGACUACAGGCUUAUGGCCAGAGUAUUUGAGACUUAAACUGUAGUUUAAAAAAAAAAAAAGCAAAAAAAAAAAAAAGCAGUAUGAACACAUUGCAAAUAGCUCAAUAAGCUGAUUCUUAUAUUUUAUGUAACUUCCCCCUCUCAAUAUCUGUGGUACUGUCUCCCUUUUUUAAACCAACUAAUAUUGAUUUUGUUUCACUAUUGAAUAGAAAUCAGUAAAAAUGUGUAAUUAUGUUGUUUAACCUAAAUAAUGAGGUAUGAUCAUAGCUAAAAAUAUGAGACUUUUUUGUAAAUUAAAGUGGUCAGGUUUAGCACUUUUGAUUAUUUUGCUAUAAAACUAAAAAAUAAAUUUCAUUAAAAUAA